UUGAAUAAUUGAAGUAUUAUCUAUGCAAUCAGGGUUUUUUUCCCCAAACUAUCUUGUAUCCUAGCAUGGGAUAUUAUUUUUUGUCUUGAUUUCCCUUUUAUUCACCAUGGAUCCGCUCAAUACCAGCUGUUUAAAACUAACUUCCUUUAUAUGGGAUAAAUAAUUUGUUUGCUGUGUAUCGGUAAUCUUUAACGGUUUAUUAUUGGACUCGGUUUUGGGUGAUUAUUCAUUUUUGGAGCUGCCAAGGCAAGGCAGACAUUUUCCAUUUGUGUAACCUUGUGCUUGCCUAGGGAAAUCUCUCAAGGGGAGCCCGACGACACCUAAUAAGGUAGCUAGCAAGAUAGCUUAGCCACUUAUUUAAUUUAGUGAAGUUGCCAUCACUACAGUGUUACCCUUUUCGGUAACUAGUAUCAGUUUUAGCCAUUGCAGGAAUACUAUAGGAAGCGAUAGGAGUACCGCGCAUAACUUGAGAAGGAGGGUUUUAUGUCGAAGGCACAGCAGAAUUUCCCAAACCCGUUUAACUUUCGCUGUGAGCUGUCACUGUCUGGUCCGGGUGGAUUGCACUCAGGUGGAGAAAGACAAGGAGGAAAAGAGGUAACUUCCUUCUUACCCUGUUUUCCCCCCCUGCAAACCCAUGUGUCAAUGAGGCCGAACGGGACUGUGCGGAUGGUCCAUCGGUGGUCUAGAACAGAAGCCCGGCUUGUCGGUGUGUUCGGUCUGCAACUGCUGAACACACUGACUGCCUGAGAAACCCUGAACACCACAGUGUUGGGUAUGCCUCAGCCGGGGUUAAAUGGGAUGGAGCCUGUGUUUGGCGAGGCCUACGGGACCCACCGAUCCCUCUGGUCCUCAUACCCAUCAGCCUUCUCUCCGCAGGGGAGCGCCACCGAGUAUGACGAGGGCGUAGUCCUAAUGCUGGGGUCCCCGGCGUUGCCCCGGAAGCGUCCCUUCGAGCUGCUCAGCGACCUGGUGGACGAUGGCUUCAGUGAGGACCUCCACCACGAGUUCUGGGACAUCUCGGCGCUGGACGACCUCACGCGGUACUCCAAGGGCAACUCGGAGGGGGACCUGGCCAACUCGGAGGGCAUGCUGAUGGCCCGGUGGAGCAGCAGGGAGGAGCUCACCGUGCCGGAGCCCGUGCCGGUACCGGGCAGCCCGUCGGUGAACGCGGGGCCCGACACGGGCCCCUGUGAGGAGGCGGGGCCCGACGGGAGAGAGCUGCUGUCGACGGCGACGGGGGCGGACGGAGAGCCCGGGCGCCAAGAGGUCGCUGCGGCAGCAGAGGUUUACCAAACUCCGCCGGAGGCCGGCUCUGCCUCGCCGGGCCUGGCCCUGGAGGUCCGAUGCGAGGAGCACAACUACUCCCUCCAGGCCGACCGGCACUCCGCCUCCAGCCAGGGGUCAGACAGCGACACGGACACUGACGAGGACGAGGAGGAGGAAGAGGAGGGUCCGGAGGACGGCGAGGAGGCCGGGGACUGCAGUUCCUCAGGGGCCGAGUGCGAGCCUGAGCCUGAGCUCCUCAGCCAAGCCGAACCCUGCAGAAGGCCCCAGAAGCGCCGGUGUUUCUGGGAAUACAACCACGCUCACGGUCACGGCCAUAGCCAGGAGGCAGGGCUGAAGAAGGGGGGCUUCAGGUGGCCGCUGUCCUGGAGCUCCAGCACUCUGCCGAGUAGCUUGUACAGGAGAGAGGGUGCGUCCGGCAACGGCAAGAAGGGCCGGCGCAAGGCCCGGAAAACGGACGCCAGCGAUCUGACGCCGAACCCGCAGAAGCUGCGCAACAUCGGCGAGCAGCUGACCAAGCUCAACGCCGCCAUCGACGGGAUGAGGCACGUCAACGAGCUACCGGUGGUGGCCCGGGCCCGCUCCCGGAAGGAGAAGAACAAACUGGCCUCCAGGGCCUGUCGCCUUAAGAAGAAAGCGCAGCACGAAGCCAACAAGAUCAAGCUGUGGGGGCUGAACCAGGAGUACGACAACCUGUUGGGGGCGCUGUUGCGUAUCAAGGACAUGAUACGACAAAGGGUGGAGAGCAGCGAGGUGGACACCGACAGGGGGAUGACCGAGAAGCUGGACAGCAUAUUGAAGGAGUCUGCCGGUCCGCUGGUGGCUGGACGGACCAAGGACUUUGUGGAGAGAAUUUUGGAGUGCAGUGCUGCUGGCCAGGGGCAGAAGGGACCCCAAGAACAGGGGCAAUCGGUGUGACCCAAACCCUCCCUUUCCUUCUCCAUCUAUCCAUCCAUUCUUCCUCCUUCCCUCCCUCCCACCCACCCACUCCAGCUACCCUCCUCCUCUUUUUCACUCUCGUAUGGGAGGGAGGGGAGAGGGGUAGAGACACUGUCUGGUAUAUUUUUUAGUUUUUAUUUUUCUCCGCGUUUUUAUUUCCCCCCAAACUUCAGUAGCAGUAGGUCAUCUUCUGAGGCUGCUCCCUGCUAGCUGCUACAGUCUCCGUGUGCGUUCGUGUGUAGUGUGCGACCGAGCGAGUCAUUACCCAUGUCUGCUCGCGUGUAUGUGUGUGUGUGUGUGUGUGUGUGUGUGUGUGCGCGUGCCAGAUUUAUCUCUCCCGAUACUGAGUAUUUUUAUCCUAUUGUGCCUAAAAAUAGACACUGCACUGCUCAUUGUAGCUGUUGGCUGAGAUGGAAGGGGUUUGAUACAGAGGAUGUGCAGCAGGAAAUUGAAUGGGGAGAGGGGGAUCACUGAGACUGGAACAUUUUGUAAAAUCUGUGCUUCUAUCAAGAGCGCACAAAGGAGCACUUUGUCUGCAUGCUCUCGUUGGAGAGCUGCGGAAAAACUCCAGCGCACACGCUGGCGCGCUCGAUGGCGUUCGUUUCCUUUCGGGGAUACGUGCGGGUUCAGGUUUGUGCCCCUGCGUUACGGACAGAAGCGUUGGGCGCUGCACAUCGCUCGAGAUAUCGACCCCGCCGUCGGCCAAGGGAUACGUUUCCAUGCCUAUUGUAUGAUGCCUUUCUGUUAAAACUGUGGUGAACUAAUGUGAACUCGAAAAGAGUACUUGUACUGGAAUGUUGAAAAUGUGAAGAGAUCUCUGUGCCGCUUUGAAGAAGGCCCAGCGGUUGGUUGAGGGCUGGGCGGCCCACGCUAGCGCAGAUUGUACGCAGAGAGGAAGAGACUGGGUCCGCAGUAUUCUUCGGGUGAGGCACCGCAGAACGUUCCGCGGAUUGGGAGGUGGAGUCAAGCGCACUUCAAAAUCUCCAGCUGUGUUCCGAAUCGGCAUGCUUCACAAUUAUUGAGUAUACUUGUUGAGCACGCUGGAUGAGAAAGUUGUUAAGUAGGCAAAAUGUUCUCUAAAUGUAGUGUACUUAAAAUCCCAGGAUGAUAUAGUUAGUCCCGAAUACUUUUCAGGACAUGAACAACCAUGUUGGUCCCAUAAAUGAUGCACAGCUUUGCUUUAAAAAUGAGGCACAGCUUCACUGAGGUUUUCCUUCAACAACAACUACGCGUGAGCACAGCCACACAAGGGCUGAACGUCUUACGACGCUUCCACAGUACGGUUGGAAGAUAGUAUGGAGUUUUUAGGAGGCUGGUUCGGAAGCAGCCCUGGACUUCACCUCCCACUGUCACACUGUGAAAUGUUUUGCAAUGCCCUGCCUUUUGGAUACCCCCCCCCCCCUGGUGUUGCACCAGGUGUUUGGUCUCCACCUCAAAACACCAAAGAGCAUUAGGCCCAGAUUCAGUCUAACCGCGACGCACUUAAAAUUCUCCGUAACCAAUUUGGACACUUGUACCAGUGUCUUUCGGACUCCUUGAUUGCACAAGUCGACCACACUCGCGAUGAUGUGUGGGAAUUCAGAAAAGUGUUACGAGCUUUUGAUUAAAAAAAGGCUUUGUAAAUGAAGGCACUCUAAUCCGGGCAUUAGCGCUGGGGUUACCGAUCGAAGCUUUUUGGACUUAAAAAGAUAAACAUUGCUGAUCUUGGUCUUAGCCUCUGACUGCAGGGUGCCAAGAGCAAAUCUGUUGAUAAAGUCAAGACAGUGUUACACUGGUGGGUCCGGACAUUUGUUCAGAGAGUGACAAAAUGGAGGGAGGUCGUAACGAGGAAAUACUGUAGCUACACAGAUGUAUCGGACACAAACAGGGUCACGGACCCGGUCUGGAUAAUCGGUUCGGGUCGCGAGCGCGCAGCGUUUUUGCCACCCUCGCCGGCCGGCGCGUUGUCACGGCGAUGCCUUUCUGAAGUGCCUGGAGUUGAAGCCAUGCCGACGGACGUGACGCGGUCACGGACGAGGCGGCGGCUCUUUGCCUAGCAGCUGGAUUGUGGGUGGGUGGGGGAACCAACGCCUCUGGUGUAACCACGCACCAGCUGUGGGGGAAUUUCAGCAUAUUCCAGUGUCAAUGGAACCGAAAAGAAAAGAGAAAAAAAAAAAAAAAAAAAAAAAAAACCGAGCUUCUUACUGGUGCACAUUACCACUUGACCAACGAGCAAUAUUAUUAAGCAUGUUCUCUGGGUUAAACCAGACUGGAAAUCUGAACUUGCAAUGGAAAAAUGUGAUGCCAAAGAUAGCUGUCCCAAGGAAACCAAUAACAAAAGAAAAUGCAUUAAAACGUUAAGAUUCUUCUGUUGGUGCACUAGACCGUGAUGUCCAAAAAAUAUAAACAUAUGCUGCCCAAAAUGCUGAAAUUUUGUACUUCAUUUGAUGUCAUGAACAGUUGCCUGUUAAACUUAUGUGUUCUGACUUCAAACUAUUUGCUAUAAUGUCUACGCUGUUCCUGUCGAGGAAAAGAUGGGGGAAAAGGUCACAAGUCAUUUAAGUUACCCAGAGAAAAAAAAAAAAACUAUGUAUUAUUU